GCCGGCGCGGGGAGCGCAGGGGCUGGUGCCAAAAUGGCGGAGCGCGGCUACAGCUUCUCCCUCACCACCUUCAGUCCUUCUGGGAAGCUUGUUCAGAUUGAAUAUGCUUUGGCUGCAGUAGCUGCAGGAGCUCCAUCAGUUGGGAUUAAAGCGGCAAAUGGAGUGGUGUUGGCAACUGAGAAGAAGCAGAAAUCCAUUCUGUAUGAUGAAAGGAGCGUCCACAAAGUAGAACCAAUUACCAAACAUAUAGGUUUAGUGUACAGUGGUAUGGGUCCAGAUUACAGAGUACUUGUGCACAGAGCUCGGAAGCUGGCCCAGCAGUAUUACUUGGUUUAUCAUGAGCCCAUUCCAACAGCUCAGCUCGUACAGAGAAUUGCCUCGGUGAUGCAGGAGUACACGCAGUCUGGUGGUGUUCGUCCCUUUGGUGUAUCGCUGCUAAUAUGUGGCUGGAAUGAAGGGCGGCCGUAUUUAUUUCAGUCGGAUCCAUCUGGAGCUUAUUUUGCCUGGAAAGCAACAGCAAUGGGAAAAAAUUAUGUCAAUGGGAAAACAUUUCUUGAGAAAAGAUACAAUGAAGAUUUGGAGCUUGAAGAUGCUAUUCAUACAGCUAUCUUAACACUAAAGGAGAGCUUUGAAGGGCAAAUGACAGAAGACAACAUUGAAGUUGGCAUCUGUAAUGAAGCUGGUUUUAGGAGGCUUACUCCAACUGAGGUUAAGGACUACUUGGCUGCAAUAGCCUAGUAGAAACCCGAGCUAGACUGUGGUUCACACAAAGGUCUUUUUAAUUUUGGCUACUUAAAUGUUUUUCUUUGCAGUUUUUGCAUACUUAUUUCUACAUGGUUUGUCUGAGAGAUUUUUUAAACAUCAUGGAUGCAAAUACAACGGUCCUUGAUAUUGUAAUACAUGGAAUCUUGUUAAAGAUAAUUCUUUCCCUUGAUACACAAAAUACUGUACAAAAUGUAAAGUUAUAGUGACAGCUUAAAAAAGCCUAAAGAAUAAAAUCAGAGGCCAUUGUUUUUGGGGGAAGGUGUCUGUGUGUCUUUUCAAUCCUAGCCUGUUUACCUACAUAAAACUUAGAUUUCAGUAUCCUUAUUGCUGAGGAAACAAGAGUUUUUCAUAUAUAGCCAUGGUGAACUUAUGUUCAACCUUCUUUUAAAAAAUUUAAAUGUUGAGUGAUAGGAUAUUUUUUUUCACUUAGGAGUAUUAUUUAAAUGUUAAUUAACCUCCAGAAAUAGUUUUAUGGGAUGCACAAGAUCAUGUACUUUCACAAAGGGGCAGGAAAGGCUUCCAUUUCAAGUGUGUACUGUGACCUGAUUGAGCCACUCUGCUUUUGACCAUCCUGGUCUUUGUGUCCUAAGAACUUGUUUUACUUGAGUUAUUUUCUUGGCCCUUGAAAUUGCACCUUUACAGUCUUGAAAUAUUGUUAGGAAAAGUAGAAACAGUAACUCUUACUGAAAACUUAAUGCAUUUAUCACUAUCAAUAAAAAUCAAUUAGAUUUACAAAACAGUAUGAGAGUAUGUAAUGUAAUUACUUUAUCCCUUGAAUUGUGCUGAAGUGUUUUCCAACUUGCAAGAUAAUUCUAAAGAUGUAAUGAAAGGAGCAUUUAAUUUGUGCACCAUAACUUUUACAGAUAUUGUGUGGCUAUAUCAAUACAUUUUUUACAUGUGUAGAGUCA